AGGUGGGGGUGGGGGGGGACUGGCGGCCAGACGUGGCAGCCGCCCGCCACACACGCGUGAUUAGGGGGACUCUGACGGCGCAUGCCAUAGAAGUCGCCCUUUCCCUUUCAUUCACGGAAUCCUGGAGGGUGGGAUGACUGAGUGUUGCCAUCACGCGUUCCCUCCGACAUCUCAAUACAUCCCCUAUGGUCAAGGUCGUCGCGACAGCCUCACGAGGUUCCGUUACCUGUCCAUCCUUUUUACCUGGAGGAAGCGUCUGUGACGGCCAGGGCGGAGCGGCGGCCUCUUCCACUUUCACCGACCGCCAGCGGCAUGGCUGACGUAAUACUUAUGUCGGAUGGCGGUCUUAUUACUAUCAUUAUUAUUAUUAUUAUUAUUAUUAUUAUUAUUAUUAUUAUUAUUAUUAUUACUAUUAUUAUUAUUAUUAUAGCCGACACGUGCUCCCUCCGAUAUCUCAGUACAUUCCCCUAUGGUCAAGGUCGUCGCGACUAUCCACGCCGUACCGCCAUAAUCUCCAGUCUGCCGACGUAUAUAUGUCAUGAAAAGGUAAAGUUUAAAGUCAGUCUGUUAGUUGACAGGGUUUAAAAAACAUGUCAUUGAGAGAUAGUGACGAUAUAUACGUAUACCUAUCUUCUCUUGCAGGUGGUAGGUCAUUUCCCAACAACACAACAACAGAAUUUGAAAACAGAAUCUUACCCAUUCAUUUAGACACCGGCAGGGAUUAUGAAGUCGGCCUGUGUAAUAUUUUAUUCCCUAAAUAUUUCUACUGCAUUACGGAAGGGGAUCCAAAUUCUAGUAUAUCGUUCUAUGGUCGGGUUAAGCAGUCAGACUUUGAUAUGUAUGAAUAUAAUAUGUAUACCUAUCUACCGGAAAGGAAUAUCAUCUCCAAUUUUACCGAUAAGAACAUACCGGCCAUAACUAAGGCGAUUAAUGGACAGAUAGUGAGAGAACUUCAAGCAAUCUUGAAUGACUCCUUUAAGAUCUAUUUCCCUUACUCGGAUAUCAUUUAUUAUGACCACGACUUGGAGCGGGUCGUUGUGAAUAACGCGAUUGUCCCUCCUAAUGACGAUCGUAUUUACAGUGAUAUAAGUAUAAAAUUUGCAUCGCAUAUAGCUCGCAUUCUGGGUUUCAAUCCAAAUUUUCGCUACACCGUCUACUUUCAAAGAUCUGGCGAUGUCAUUUCAUCUUCCAGCGCGAGCGAAGCUUCCUCCUCAUUACCCAUAAAAUUAUUCGCUCAAUACGUACCGCGAGCUGAUGCAGGGACGGAUUAUAUGUACGUUUAUACCGACAUCAUUUCUCCCUCGCGAUUUGGUAACCAACUAGUUAAUAUAUUAGACGUCAUACCACUCCCCGGCGACAGCACCAGUAAAGGUGCGAAUUCAGUUACGUAUAAACCACUUUCUGUAUCAACUAUAGAGAGUGUGGCUAUCAAAAUUGCUAAUCAAAGAGGCAAACCUAUUCAGUUUGAAGAUGGGGAAAACAGUGUUACUUGCGUGUUACAUAUAAGACCACGUUAACUUUGCGUCUCGGACGUAAAGUUUUGAAGAGAAUCGAUCAAGGUGGGAUAAUGGGUGGAGUGGAGGAUAAUGAAACAGGCAGGUGUUGCCUACUUCCGAGGCAAGUCACGCACCUCGCGACCAUCUGCGCGGGAAGCUUCAGUGUUUCCCCGCGCGGCAUGGCGGCCGGGACAAAGUGUUGACAAUGUUAUAGAAAAAAAGAAAAGAAAAAUGGGUGUUCAUUGUGGAACAGCAGAGGCGCGGCUUUUAUGUGAAGUGUGUGGGAGAUGGCACACUAAUCCAUCCUGUCCCUCAUGUGUGGAAGACCAGUGUGAUUUAUGCGAGCGGUGUGGACUUCUGUUUCCACAUCCACCGCCAGAACACACCUGCGAAGUUGGCAAUCCUGCUUCUUCUGGCUCACACUCGAUUGAGGUUGGACAGAACGGCGGCGUAGAAGGCCCACGUCGGCGGACGUCACAAGGCGACAUCCCACGCGGAGGCGGGGGAAGAGACUCGCCACGGCCGGGACCGAGUGGAUUAUCGGGGAACGUAUUCAAUUCUUCCGAGACUUCAAGUCCUUCACUACCUACACAAGACACGCCACAAGCGGAGGCGGACCACGAUGAGUGCAGCAUGGCGGGAGAGUCGGCGGAUGCAGACCUUGACGAGCGCGGGAUGCCGGAAGAACCGCGGUUAAUUGACUCGAGGGAAAAUUUUAUGAGGAGCUUCACCAGACAUCAAUAUGACAUACCUGAUCAUGUAAGCAGAGAUCCACUCGGUCUACUUACCGAAUACAGGGAGUUCUUUAUACGGGAAAUUAGAUCAUAUUUCACGUCACACGGCUCGCCAUUCCCCCCCACCCUGAAAAUAUUUUCACACAUUUCUCUGUUACUAGUGAAAUUCUCUACCUUAGGGGAGGAUGAACAUCGAGUCAUUCAUAUUGCUUUUAGAGCACGACUGAUCACCUAUCAAGAUGUGUCUGACCUUGUUGAUUUAUGGAUCCAUCAGCUGAACAGUCGGCUGGAAAGCCUUACCAGCGAGACUGAAGGAUCUGGUUUUAUCAUUUCAAGAGUACAGAAUUUUUUCAUCAAUUAUUGCUUGCACGUCGCAUGUAGUGGCAUAGGAGAUUAUGUUGCUUAUCCUAGAGGCGUGCGAGGAGGGAAUGAAAUUUUCAAUCCUGAUGGCCGACAUUCAUCCUGUGUUAUUCAGUGUUUGGCGGCUUUCAGACUUCAUGCUCGAGGUGUACCUUGGAAAAGAAUUCCAAAAAUAUUACGGAGACGGCAUGGCGGAGAGAAAUACGUCACGCGCGGAAAAGUAGACAGUCCAGUGACUUGGGAGAACUUGAGUCAGUUAGAAAGGUUAAAUCGCCUGUCUCUGGACGUUUAUACACUGACAAAAAGCGGUGAGAUAUACUAUUUAACAUUAUCAAGAAAAGGCUCGCGGAAGUAUAAAACUGUAGUCUCACUCCUUUUACUAGGUGGAAAACAUAUGACGCUCAUUAAAGACGUGGAGAAGCUGCACCGGAAAUUGACGAGAAGCAGCCCCACCCCAGAGGGUCAUCAGUUUUGCAAAGUAUGUUUCAGCUCAGUUCCCAAGUCUGUCAGUUUGAGCGAUCACGAGUGUCACUGCGACUUCACUCAAACUCUUCUCUUUCCAGGUGACGGUGAAAAAGUAAAAUUUAAAAAUUUUGCCUACACCUAUCAGCCUGCAUACUUAGCAUUUUUUGAUUUUGAAACUAUGAUAAAACCUAAGGAGAAUAGGAGUGUGAUAGCUGAACAUGACCCAAUUGGUUACUCGUAUCUCAUCAUCAAUAGGCAUGGAGAUGUCGUGGAAAAGAGAAGUUAUUUCGGUGAAGAUCCCGUGAAUAAUUUCAUUGAUAGCCUAUCCAAUGCUUGGGGAAUCAUCAAGGAAAGUGUAGUUAGCUAUCCAAUUAGCAUGUCUGCGGAGGAUGAAGCCCACUUCAAACGUCAGCGUCACUGCGAGCUCUGCCAUCAACCCUUUAAUGUGAAAACCCCACCUCAUAAACAUCACGACCACUCAUUACCACAAAAUAAUUACAAGGGGGCUUUGUGCGCGCGAUGCAACCUCCAGUGUCGUGACAUGAGGAAAUAUCUCAUCACUCUGGCACAUAAUAUGAGCUUUGACGUCUCCUUAAUCAUAAAAGACCUUCACUUGCCAGAGUCGCACGUGGACAUCCUUGCCAAGUCAGAAUCGCAUUUAUUGAAAGUAAGGAUUAAGGAAUUGCAGUUUCAGGACACGCUUUCCAUUAUGAAUGCUGACCUCGGUCAUCUCGCUCAGAGUCACGUGCAGGCGGGCUAUAGCACGCGUUACGCCCAGGAAAUGGUGAAUUACCUCCCCGAGGAUGUAAGGCGUGUAAUUUGCACUCAAAAACAGUUUCUUUGUUAUGAGUACAUCACCGACCUUGGCCGCUUAGAAGAUCGACAAUUGCCACCUCGUGAGGCAUUUUAUGACACGCUCAAGGGGAAGGCCCUGCCACCUGGAGAAUAUGAACACGCUCAAAGCGUGUGGAGUAUGACAUCCUGCCGCACUUUAGGCGAUUACAUAAGACUGUAUUGUGAGAUUGAUGUGGGAUUAUUAGCCGACACAUAUCUCAAAUAUAGAUCAUACCUGCAUGAAUUUUAUGGGCUGGACGUGACACAUUACGUGUCACUGUCUUCUUAUGCUUAUGACGCUUUUUUAAAGUCGACAGGCGUUCAACUUGAUCCACCUUACGAUCCUAACAUGUAUCACCUGAUCAAAAGAAAUGUACGAGGAGGCUUUGUAACUUGCGUCAGGCCACACCUGCAGUCAAACCACCAACCCGACGGCGGACCCGGCACCUAUGUGUUCUAUCUGGACUAUAAUUCAUUAUAUAGGGUUCAACGUGUGGAUCAGCCCUCCAAUUACUCGUCAAGAUGA